GGAGUUAUCUGCGAAAAUCCGAACAAUUAUAACGGGCUUGCGAAAGUUGCUUACAACUUUUUUAAAGCGCGUCGUGGCGGAAACGGUAGCGGUUAAACAUGUAUAAAGCAGACAGAAGACUUCGGGGAAACUUAAUUUUAGUGGUCACUAUUGCGUUAGCAUUUUCAACGUACAUUCAGCAUGUUGUUAGUUUGCCGAUUGAGGUAACCAAUCAAUGGCCAACAUUUCCAAGGAGGAAUAUUGCUGCUCUAGCGAGAGAUGGGUAUCUCAAAAGCGCUGCUGCGGGAUUAAAAAGAAGCAUUUCAACUCUUGCUAAAAAUGGCCAACUCCCGACUUAUAGAUCUCCCUACGACGAAACUGAUAAACAGGAGUCAGAUGAUGACGAGUCUCAUGAGAAAAGAAAUGUAGCUGCUAUUGCAAGACUUCGGAGCUACGCUGCCAUGAAACGAAAUAUUCAAGCUCUUGCUAGAGAUGGUUACCGCGUCGGUAGAGGGCAAUAUAGUCAACAAAAUGAGAAACGUAAUAUUGCAUCAUUGGCACGCAAUGGCAUGAUUCAUAAGAAAAAUGAAAUCAAUGGGGACGAAUAUUACUAUCCCUUUUAUCAGAAUCCCAUUCCACCUUUGUCUGAAUUGGAUGGGCCAAUUGAUAUUAACGAAUUGUACGAUAUACAACAAUCUGUGAAUCCAGAUAUGUUUCCACCACUAUCUCAGGUUUACAAGCGAAAUGUUUUGCCUAUGAAUGACUUUUAUAUAAAUCAAAUGGAUAUGGACGAUAAUGGGUCUUUUAAGAGAGGUUCUGUGGGACUACCAGUUCAAGGUCUUUACAGGCCAGUCUUCACUGAACCAAAUACAAGAACAAAACGAUAUAUUCUUUCCCUGCCGGAUGUUAUGGAUCACAAUGAUAUUAAUGUACCAGAAAACACCGAGGAUAAUGACGACAAGCGUUCCGUGGAUGAAGAUGAGGACGUACGUGAUAAUUUUGAAAAGCGUCAUAUUGGUUCAUUGGCUCGAUUAGGGUUGCUUCCAUCAUUUAGGUUUUCAGGAGGGCGUUAUAGUAGAUCUGGCAGAGCUAGACUGCUUCUGCCUAGCCAAGAAAUGUACAGGAAGCAUUCCGCUGACGAGAAUUUCGGAAUUAGGGAAUAUAUCACUAGUGCCGAAACUGAGUCAGCAGUCGAUCCAGACGACGCCGACCUACCGUCGCCGCCAAUACCUCCUCACUCGCACCCGACCGGCAGAAUCCUCCACCGACCGCUAAGCAACGACCUCCCGACCCCCAGCAAGUCCGUAGCGUCACCUCCUGCGCCGAACAUCAUAAAUUCAUUCACUAAAAAUCGAUGGUUUCCCAAAGAAAAGCCCCGGUUUUACCACUUCAGGUCUCUUAAAAUACCUUAUCACACUUCCGACAAACGAUACCUACUUCUGCCGACGGUAGACAAUUUUCUCCUUCGGAAAUCUUAUCGUAACAGCAGCCUACCAGGACGUCGCAAGAACCAGUAGCUGUGCCCCUGCCAACUGAACGAUCAGAGAGCGCUCAGUAUUGGCAACAGAAGACAACACUGAACUUUACAUUUAAGCUAUGUUAAAAACCACUUUGUACAUCACUUGUCAUUUGGGAACACGGAUUCUGAGGAAUUCAGACAAUAAUCUGUAAUACUUAUUAUUAUUAUACCUUAUCGUUAUCAAUGUUAUAUGUUGUGAUAAAAGGGUUCAUGGAUAUGUAUUUAUGUUUGAUACAUACUUCAGUAGACUUUGAACAUUAGACUUUUAAUUUAAAACUAAGUUUGAGGGCAGUAUUCAUUUUCAUUAUAUAUAAGCUACGCUCAAAUUUCGUUUUAGGUUUAGAGUGUCAUAUCAUGUCAAAAUUAGGCACUAUUUUUAGUUAAGUUUAAGUAACUAGGUAGGUACAUUUUAAGGGAUCUCAAUUGUAAAACGACUUGGCCUGCCUGUGACAGAUAAUGUAUAGGUACUUGAAUAAUGAUUGUACUUUUUAACUAGAUGUCAAUCGCAAAUAUUAGUGUUUCAGUCUACAAAAUGAUUAUAGUUAGCAUUUAAUACUACAUUGUAUUCGUAUUAAAACAUAGAUUAGGUAUCUAGAUACUACCGUAACCAGCC